UCCCCCCCAUCCUCCCCAGCUGUAUGUAUAAGUCCCUAAUCAAGCUGUCCUUGCAUCAAAGGACAGCUCGGGGGACACGGAGCAGCACCCACAGCAGCAGGAUGGCUCACGGCAUCUUGGGGCUCAUGCAGCCCUUGCGGAGGGGUCUGAACACGAGCAAAAUUCGCCUCAUUUUUCUCUGUGGUGUGACUCAGCAGCACCACAGCCCAGCAAAGUGGUGGCCAGAAAGAGGCUUCAGCUCCACACAUGGGUCCCAGGAUGCCCCUGGGGAAUCAAGCUCUGAGGAUCAGGUGACAGUGCAUUUUAUAAAUCGGGAUGGAGAGCGACUUACGACCACAGCCAAAGAAGGGGAGAGUUUGCUGGAAGUGGUAGUCAACCACAACUUGGCCAUUGAUGGAUUUGGUGCCUGUGAAGGGACAUUAGCCUGCUCUACCUGUCACCUCAUCUUUGAGAAGGAUGCCUUCCAAAAGCUUGAUGCCAUCUCAGAUGAAGAGCUGGACAUGCUGGACUUGGCAUAUGGACUCACUGACACAUCGCGCCUUGGCUGCCAGGUGUGCGUUAAGAAGUCGAUGGAUGGUCUGACGGUGAGGGUCCCCAUGGAUGUGUCAGACAUCAGGAAGCAGCAGGAGGUUGGAAAGCAAAGCAAACAGUAACUGGAAACGAUUGCUGCACAGCUUACAUUCUCAUUUAGGCGUGGCAGCGUACUUAGCUUUUGGUUGACACUCUUGCUUUUUGUGGCUGGCUUGCAGUAGGCCAUAAAGGUCUGAUUCACUAUAAAAGGUGUGUUUGGAAAAUCUCUUAUUUAAACAAGGCAUCAUGCUUAAUAGGGUCUUUGGUAUUUUAAGUGCUUAAAUGCUCUGCUGAACACAAUUGGAUUAAAGUGUAUGGCUUUAUAUUUCCCUGGGUGGGUGUCAGUAAAUACCUCUGCUGUAUGUGACUCACUUUCUCCUUUGAAAUUUAAGAAUUCUGCUAUUCUGAGGAACUGCUGAGAAUUUUGCAAGGCUUAACUCUUUAAAGGUGGAGCAGGCUUUUCCAAUUUGGGAAAAUUAGGAAAAGAUUGCUGUUUGCAGGUCAGUGAUGGGCUGGGUGAUAUAGGUGACUUCAGUUUGACCAGCAAGAGCAUACUGAUGACAUUAGUGUGCUGACAGUUCCUGUAAGCAGUAACCACUUCUACAAGCUUGAGAUGUUUCAGGUGCCUGAAUUGCUCUUUUCUGGGAGCAGCCACUUUCUCCAAAUGUUAAAUUUUCUUAUUGCUGUACUAUCCCCCAUGUCAAAUAAAAUUCUUGUAACGAGCCUUUUAGACCUACAAAAUGCACUGUUCUGGUACCAUGAGCCAGGCUGGAAUAGAAUGAGUUGGAAGGAAAUUUGGUUGGCUGCAUUAAGCACAGCACUGCCAGCUGAUCAAAGGAGGUGAUUGUCCUGCUGUACUCAACACUGUUGGGCAUUGAAUAUAAAAAAGACAUUAUUCUGUUAGAGAGGGUGCAGAGCAGGAUUGUGAGGAUGAUGAAAGGUCUGGAGGGGAAGCCUUAUGAGGAGGAGCUGAGGUCACUCGGUUUGUUCAGCCUGGAGAGGGGGAGACCAAGGUCAGACCUUGGUGUGGUCUUCAGCAUCUUCAUGGGGGGAAGCAGAGGAGCAGGUACCGGUCUCUUCACUCUCAUGACCAGUGAUAGGACUCAAGAAAAUGGCAGGAAGCUGAGUCAGGGGAAGUUUAGGUUAGAUCUCAGGAGAAGGUUCUUCACCCAGAGGGUGUUUGGGCACUGGAACAGGAUCCCAGGGCAGCAGCAUGUCUGAGUUAAGAAUCAUUUGGACAAUACUCCUGGGCACAUGGUGGGAUUCUUGGCAUGUCCUGCACAGGGCCUGGAGUUGGAUGAUCCUGAAGGAUCCUUCCAGCUCAGGAUAUUCUGCGAUUCCACAAUUCUGUGAUUUAUGUCAUUUCGGUGUGACCUUCGGGCCUAGGCCGCGGAGGUUGCAGUGGCGCCAGGGGGCGCUCGCGGGGCGGCUCUGAGGGUGAGGGGGAGGCGGAGGAGGAGGAGGAGGCCGCAGUGGCGGCGGGGCCGCUGCGCCGUGCCCGUCUCUCCUUCAUCCCGCACGGACCAGCGCCUGGGCCUGUCCCGGGGAGCCACAAUUGCCAUCUGUGUCUGAUGGUCUCUGUGCACCUCCGUGCCUUCCUCCUGCUGACACCAGCCCUGCCACGCCUGGCGUGAUGAUGUGAUCUCAGGUGAUGAGUGACACCCUGUGAAUCCUCUUAACAGCCUUUGUCUUCCUCUCUGAUCGAGAUUUUUCCUUCUUGCAAAAAUCGGUUCAAGUGUUUAUCUAUGUCAGUUUUAUCAUUAUCAGGAUACCUUCAGGAAGGAUUUCCUGGCAUGGGCCAGAACCAUGUGCUGUGAGAAGUGAUGGCAGCAGGGUGGAUUUUUGCAGGGUGGCAGUUCUGUUUGGGGAGCACGGAUUUGGUGAUGUACUAAUGCUUCAUGCUUGUGACUAGCAUGUGACAGGGUAGCCCUAUGCUUUGUCAUACAUUAGAAAAGUCUUCCAGCAUGUGCCUGUUUCUCCCAAACCUCUCCUCUUCCAAGUUGUCCCAGGUUUACUGUAAAAAAAGCAGAGAAUAAAUACGGAUUAAAAUAAAGCAGUUAAGCCAUCA